CCGAUAUAGCUUAGCGAUUUCUACCUUGCACCCGCCUAUUGACCGAAAUUCGGAAUGGUGGAAGUCCUGGAUUCUCCAGGAUUCUACUCGGGAAUUUUCGAGCAUUGGAUCCACCGUAUAUAUUUUGGACUCGCAUCUUAACUGACGGACUGACAUCAGAAGAAAAACGUCGUUGUAGUCUGAGGAAUUAUACUCUCGUGAGAAUUACUAGUGCAGCGGGAAAGUUUCCAUUCUCAGUUGCAGCAGCCGUCAGUUAAACUGCGAUUCAUCUCACGCGAAGAACCUCAGCUUGCUAUUAAUCUCAUCGAUAUGUCGAAAAAGCAGCAUGGAGUUUCAUGGAUUGUAACCGCUAUACUGCUGGCAGUUCAGUCCGGGGGAUUCCGGGUUUAUUCAUGGGGCGAAAAGGCGGAUCAAACACCGAUGGGUUUGGGCUACGGGGUGAUACAUUUUAGCAUAUCAGAGGACAUGAACGAUGUUGGAAAAGGGGGAAUAAUUGGAACAGAUCGCAUAGGCCAUGGAGCAGAAGAAGUCAGCAGCGGUAGACACGUAGAAGAGGAUCACGGACGCGGUAAUUUCGAGGGUCGAUUGCUGGGCCAGCACGUCCACGAAGACAACUACCGCGUAAUAACGAUCACAAAAAAGGUGGCCGUGCCGUAUCCCGUGGAAAAAACCGUCCACUAUCCAGUGAUAAAGAAGAUAUUAUACCCAGUCCGAGUACCAGUCGCGCAGCCUUACGCCGUUGAGAAGGAGGUGCCGUAUCCGGUAAAGGUAUAUGUCAAGGUCCCCGUUAAAAUACCGAAGCCGGUGCCGAUCGUCAAGGAGAUACCGUACCCCGUCAAGGUGCCGGUAGACCGGCCGGUUCCUCUGAAGAUUUAUGUGCCCCAGCCUUACCCGGUAGAGAAGAAGAUACGCUACGAUGUCGAGGUCCCGGUACCGCAGCCGAUCCCUAUCGAGAAGAACAUCCCGGUUCCGGUAAAGGUUCUGGAGCAUUACGCGCAGCCCUAUCCGGUCGAAAAGGUCGUUCGCUACCCGGUCGAAGUCAAGGUGGAUAAACCGGUGCCGGUUCACGUCCAGAAGCCCUACCCUGUUCCAGUCCAAAGGCCGGUUCCCUAUUCCAUGGAAAAGCAUGUUCCAUAUCCGGUGAAGGCCCUGGUUGAACACCCGGUUUCGGUACCAGACGAGAAGCCACUUCUGGUGGAUGAGACCAUGGCUCACUGGGUUACUAACGCCUCGGAUGCGCCGGUCAGAGAUCAAGAUAAUCGAUAGCUCGAUCAUAGGGUCGCGAAUUCGGUCGAGUGAUCGGAAAAAGGCGUUGGCAUUGGGAGGCAAUGAUCGUUAGCUCGUUAAGUGAUCGGGUGGAGCUGCUUGUUGGAAUAGAAAUGGGGAUUCAGGAGCGAGGCAUGGCAUAUGGCAUGGCUGACUCAUGGUUGGAAUCACGAGUUUAAAUUCGGCGUAAAAUGUUGCACUGAUCAUCUUCAUUUCAAUGUAGUAGUACAUUGGGUCGACCGAUCGCCUCGUUGUUAUUUAUUUUAUUAUCGUGUUAAUAAAUUAUACUUGCAUCACUGCGCAACGAUGUAUUCAAAAUGGCAAGCGUUGCUGUAGAUUACUCCCGAUCCUAUUUGUAAUAUUUCUGAGAAGUUAGAAUUAUUCACGACAAAGUUAUUUUUAGAGCUCAAAAGUAUAGAAAAAGAAGAAGAGUAAUAGCGAUGGUAAGAAUAUGACAUGUAAAGAUCUUGAUAGCUGACUAACUCUUUUUGUACGUUAUAGUACUUGGCACUAAAUGUCAACCAGUUUGAUUUUCGAAUAAAUUUAGAAUGAACAGAGAUCGAGUGAACGAGAUGCCCAGAUUCACGCGCUGAAUGAUGAAACAGUUUCAUGAAUUAUUGAAUAAUUGUAAAACUGAAAUGAAAAAACGAGAGUGUCAUUCUUCAUUCCUCGAAAUAAACUGCAUCAAGAUUGUUGGCAAAAAAUGAAGCAUAAAUUAUCGAAACUCGUAGUGAGGAGAAGAAACUCAUCUCGCAAUAUAUCUCAAAACAGGCAUUUAACGAGUGAGGUUUCUUACGCAACCAAGGGUGUGGGCUUUGUAAAAAACCUGAAUUAUUCCUCCACUUUAUUUAUACGAGCGAAUCUUUGAUGGCAACGAGUUG